AUGGCCGGCUACUCCAUACGGAAAUACGACAACGGGGAUUACCACGCUGUACGUAAACUGUUCGCCCAAGGAAUGUUAGAUUACCUUCCUGGCGCUACUUCCUACAUCUUGAAACGGCCACAAGUCUACUGCACCAUCUUGGCUUCGUCCAUCACACUUCACUUGUACUGUCGCUCCUACAUCCUGUCUCUGUUCAGCAUUGGGGCAUUCGUGGCGGCAGUUCGUGGCCUUUUAACGUUUGCAGUUCGCAUGUUUAUAAGGAAGGUUCACAAUGGAGAUCUACUAAACAUUGAAGAGUCUUAUGUCCAGAGACCCAACUCUUGCUUCUGGGUAGCUGAGUCUGGUGGUCGGAUUGUAGCGAUGGUGGGUGUCCAGCCUGAUCCAAACUCCAACACCGACAUGAUACUACGACGCUUGUCCGUGGCUGAAGACCAGCAACGCCGAGGGAUUGCCAAGGCCAUGUGCAUGAAGGUCUUUGACUUUGCUCGCCAACGGGGAUACCAGCGCGUCACCCUAGAUACAUCGACCAUUCAAGUCAACGCUCAUAAACUGUAUCAACGUAUGGGAUUCAAGACAACAAAAAUAAUACCGAGCAGAAGUCGACUAGGAAGGAUCGCAAAUAUGACUGUGGUGUACUACAGCUACGAUGUCUAG